AUGGGCUGCUGUAAUUCAACACCAACCUCCACCCCCCAACCCGCCGCUCUCUCCCACCCGACCUCCACCCACCCCCCCUCAACCUCCGCCGCCCUCCCCACCGACCCAACCAUAACCGCAACCCUCCUCGCCUCCCGCGCCGCCGGCGCCUCCAACAACACAUCCUCCACCCGCCCCAACGCCGCCCUCCGCGCCCCUUCCCCGGUCUCCCGCUCUCCCAAAAACGUCUCCAAUCGUCCUCCCCCUUGGACCCGCUCCCACCUCGCCCGUGAAAGGGAGGUCUUCUUCGAAACCCGCGUCACCGGUCGGCCGGAAGUCUGGUCCGCUUUACGACUUAUAUGUGAAGAGUUGAGACGAGGGGAUGUCGCGCAGGCUCAGGCGAUGAUGAGUGCGGCGGGGGUGACGUGUCCGAGUGGACGGUUCGCGAGAUCAAGGGGGAGGAAUCCGAGGGGUGGGGUUUAUGAUGAGAGGGGGGCGUUGUAUGAUGUUCAUGAGUGGGUUGUUGUGGACCCGGGGGAUUUGGUGGAGGAUACGACGGAGAUGGCUGGGGAGGGAAAGAAUUUGGAGGAUGAGGAUGAAGAGGAGGAGGAUGCGGGGAGGGAGGAGAAGGGGAAGGGGAGGGCGGAGAGUGUGGGUGAGGAGGUGCUGGUGCGGGUGAGGUUGAGUGAUGGGAGUCCCGAUUUGGAGGUUUUGGUGGGGGAGAAGCAGACGGCGGGCGUGAUUGUGAGGAGGGUGAGGGAGAAGAUGGGGAGAGGGGUGAGGUUGUUGUAUCUGGGGAAACCGGUGGAGGAGAAUAAGACGCUGGGGGAGUGUGGGUGGAGGAGUGGACAGAUGUUGAAUGCGUUUCUUUUCAAUGAGUAG